AUGCAUUUCUUGCUCCUCGGCGCCAGCGGCCGCACGGGCAAACAGGUCGUUUCGGAACUCCUCUCACAGGGCCACACGGCAGUCGCUCUGGUGCGCACGGCAAGCAGCCUGACACCUCGCGCCGGGCUGACCAUUGUGACAGGCUCACCACUGUCCAAAGACGACAUCCGCAAAGCCGUUACCGCUACCGCAGCACCAGUACGCCCCUCGGCGGCGAUCAUAACGCUGAACACAGUGAGGGAAUCCGACAGCCCGUUCAGCAAACAACUCGGCCCACCGCGCUUCCUGGCGGACUCGUGCGCCAACGCCUGCGCCGUCCUCGAGGAAGCGGGCGUCCGGCGCAUCGUCGUGCUCUCGACCGCCGGCGUGGGCGACAGCUGGCGUGAGCUGCCCUGGCUGUCGCGCAUGUUCAUGAGCUUGACGAACAUCAAAUAUGCGCUGGAGGACCACGGUCUGGUGGACACGGAGAUCCGGCGCACCAACAUGGACUGGACGCUUGUGAGGGCCGUCAAGCUUGAAUACGAUGAUACGAAAGAUAGUUCGAAAACGAAAGCGAAGACAGUGACGGAGGUCAAGACGCUGGGUAGCAAUGGUGCUGGCAUGUCUGUCACAAGCAGUGUACAUAUUGCGAAUGUGGCCAAGUUCCUUGUCAAGGUGGCAACGGAGAAUGGUUUCGUCAAGGAGGCCGUGGUAAUUAGCGAUUAA